CGUAAACAUGGCGUCUUUGUAACUGAAAGUGACGCUUGUCUAAAUAAAAUUAUUCUAUUGAUUUCAGGUUAUUGGAUACCAAUAUACCCAUUUAAUUAUUGAAAUCAGCAGGCAGAGCCUCUGCCAUGGCUACACCAAACAGUUAUAAACAGAGCCCAUCAAUGUCGAUGCCAAGCCCUCAAAGCAAUCCGCACUACAUGAUUGCGGGGCCCCCCAUGAGUUUCGGUAUGAUGAAAGGCGGUAUGAAUGCACCGCCGCCGCACCAUAACCAAUACCAGUACCACCACCCGCAAUACCAAGGUGGUCCCUCGCUGGGCCACCCGGGGGGGUACGGGGGCUGGGCGCACAGUCCACAGCAACGUUUCGGUGCAGAGGGCGCGCGCCGCGCCGCCGGCGCUGCGGUGGCAGGCACCGCCGCCCAAGCCGCCAAGGACGAUAAGACCAGUCCCUUUGUAUCCACGGUACAUUCACAUCCUGGAUUUCAGCCGCAGAAGAUCGGCAAGGGUGCCGGCGCGGGCGCCGGUCUGCCAAAGCCCCCAAAGCCGCCAGAAAAGCCCUUAAUGCCCUACAUGAGGUACUCCCGCCGCGUAUGGGAUACUGUAAAAGCGGCUCAUCCCGAUCUAAAGCUAUGGGAGAUAGGCAGAAUUAUUGGGGGCAUGUGGCGAGACCUGCCAGAGACUGAGAAGGCUGGAUAUGUUGAUGAGUAUGAAGCCGAGAAGUUGGAGUAUGAGAAAAGUCUGAAGGCAUACCACAACUCGCCCGCGUAUUUAGCAUAUAUUGCGGCGAAAAAUAAAGCUGUAGUAGGUAAUCUUGAGGAGGAGACCUCCAGCAAGAAGGGCAGCUCACAGAAAGAACAACAGCAACAAGACAGAAGAAUUGAUAUACAACCUGCUGAGGAUGAAGAAGAUCAAGAUGAAGGCCUUUCAGUGAAGCACGUGGCCUACGCCCGGUACCUCCGCAACCACCGACUGAUCAACGAGAUAUUCUCUGACACUGUCGUACCUGACGUACGAUCCGUCGUAACGACCGCAAGGAUGCAGAUCUUGAAGAAACAAGUGCAGUCCCUGACGAUGCACCAGAAGAAGCUGGAGGAUGAGCUGCAGCAGAUCGAAGAGAAGUUCGAAGCCAAGAAGCGCAAGUUUAUUGAAAGCAGUGAAGCAUUCCAGGAGGAACUUAAGAAGCACUGCAAGCCAGCGGUAGACGACGAUACAUUCUCCCGUAUGGUGGAGCGAGCGAUAGAACAGAUGAAACGCGGCAUCAAUCCCAUCACGCAGCCACUCGCUCCGCUCAGUGCUGUGCCUCAAGAGAGGAAGGAUGAGCCCAUGGACCAGGACCAGCCUCAAGUAAAACCAGAAACGAACGGCCCCAACCUGCCAACACAGGUGGACAAGGUGUCCACCACUGAAGUAAAGCCGGAGAGUGUCACCACAGAGCUGAAGAACGAGUCAGAAGCCAAGGAUAAGGAACCAGAGGAACCAGCUAGUAAUGGACCGGAGAGUGAAGGUGAACAGAAAGAAGACAAACCUGCACCUAAGCUAGAUAACAAGGAGGCUGCGCCCCCUGGUGCCCCCGUUGGCCCCGGAGCCCCCGUAGCCCCCGGUGCUCCUGUAGUACCUGGAGCCCCUGGAGCCCCGGGCGCUCCGCCUGCACAGCAACCUGGACACCCACCACACAUCACGUCUCCACCGCAUCAUCCUAUGAUGAUGCCACCGAACCCUAACGCGCCUGCCCACCCUGGACCACCUCCUCACGGCGGACCACCACCACCUCCAGGAGCAUACGGCGGUGCCUACGGCGGACGUUACUACGGAGGUUACGCCGGCGCGUUCGGCGGAGCGUACGGGCACGGCGCGUACUACGGGGGCGCGGCCCCGGCGGCGCACGGCCCGCACGGCGCGCUGCCGGCACCGCCGCCCGACCACUACGCGCCGCACCACGCCAUGCACCACCACGCUCAGCCACACCACCCACAUGACGCCAAACAGGAAGAACCACAAGCAAAAAAAGAAGGUGAAUGAUCGUCACCUAAACGCGUCGUCAAACGACGGCGCAAGUCCUCGCCGAAGGACGCGCAGUGAACUGAUCGUGAAACGUGAUGUCACUGCUCACAACAUAACAACUGUUGUCAUAUGGACUAUUUAAAGUGAACUCACAGACAAGUGACUGUUUACUAGUGUAGUGUCUAUUUUAAAUGGUGUAAGAUUUCAAUCCAAAAUCGCCCUUAUUACUAAGCCCAGAUGAGGCAGUAUGAAUAGGUCUCAAGGUGAAGGAAUUGUUGAAUUCGAAACCAACAUCGCACAUCUACGAAUAGAAAAGCAAAGUUCAAGCGAAUUUCAACCUUACAGACUUAACUUCACAAUUCCAAAUAGAAAAAUUCAAUUAACCUAUUACAAAUCCGUCAAAAUAUUUUUUACUACUUUAAUUCAUAUUGAUCUAAUACAUUCUGUAUUUUUGACGUAUAAAAUGUAGGUAAUAUUUUAAUACAUGAAUGAUCUAGAUAUAGAUACUUUUUAUGCACUAAGUUAUGUAUAUUUGUAAUAGCUAGGGUCUAUUAUUAAUUACUUAGUAUAAAAAUCAAUAUAAGAAUAAGGAGUGCUUAUUAAUUACUAGAAAUAUGAGGUCAUACCUUAGAAUUGUCUGUUCUAUUUUCGCCGAUGAAUUAGACCUCUCAAUGCGUACAAAAAAUUAACGAAAAUUGUACAUUAAUUGCAUUAGAUCUUAUAAAUGUUAUUGCUGAAUUAAAAUAAUAUACACUAUAAGAAUAAAUAGCGAUAUACUAUUGUAAGUAGAAGUUAGUUGUCUCCAUGUUGAAUAUCCAUAUUGCUAUUUUGUUAAAAUAUUAAAUGUCAAGUUGUACUUUAGUAGUGGGAGUUGUGGGUUGUAUUAUAAGUUAAGAUUGAUACCAAUCCAUAAUUAAACGUAAUUUAUAAAUAUGCAAUCAUUUGUAAUCAAUCAUUGAAUACACAAGACUAAGGAAUGGUUUAGAAAUAUACUUAUAAAUGCUUAU